GAGGCUGGAAAUGUGCGUAAAAACAAUGCAACAAUGAACAAGUCAUCCAUUCAUUUAUUUAUAUGAUGUCAAGUGACAAUAUCAUGAUGUUUCCUUACUGUGUAAUCACCAUCACAAGGCAAGCAAGCACCAAAAUGAAGAUAUGCAUGUGUUAAAACACAGAAAAGCCUUUUUUUUUAACAAAAUGGCACCAUGUUCUAAUUAAACAUGAAUCAGUCACAUACUUGAGUAUACACAAAGAAUGUCUAGAAUUGGUUUAUUUCAGCCUAAAAUAGUCGGAAAAUGCAAAAAAAAGAGAUGAGCUUGAAUUGGAGUUUAAAUGGAUUUACUCUGCACGUUUGUGCACCACGUUUUGAGAAAGUGUCAGCCUCCUAAAUUGUGAAAUGAAACAAGUUUUCUGAAAGUUGUCUUGCAUGCCAGGCUAGAAAGAAAGAGAGGACGGGAGUGCAGCAUGUUGCGUCUGGUCUAUACAAAGGUAAUGAAGUGAAUUGCGUCAGUGCAAGCCAGACUUGAAAUGCGCCUGAUAUAGCUGGCGGAUGAAAGUAGAGGCGCACUGUGGGGAGAGAGGAAAAAGUUCUCAACAAGGAGAGGCAGGACUACUCUUACGGAGCCCCUGCAGUCUCACUUUUUAUGCCUCUAAAAGACUUUCCCUGCCAUCCUUUUGCAUUUUUGCUCUGCAACACCGCUUUUACGUUUCCGAGAGAGAAAUCCUACUUUUUGACUUAAGUGAAAGCACCAGCACCAUGGAGCUGCUCUGCCUCGAAAUGGACACCACCAUACGAGCUCGUCCCGAUCCGAAUCUCCUGUGCGAUGACAGAGUCCUGCAGAGCUUGUUGACCAUAGAGGAGAGGUUUCUACCCCAAUAUUCCUAUUUCAAAGGCGUCCAGAAAGAUAUUCAGCCGUUUAUGAGGAGGAUGGUCGCUUCUUGGAUGUUGGAGGUGUGUGAGGAGCAGAAGUGCGAGGAAGAAGUUUUUCCCCUGGCCAUGAACUACUUAGACAGAUUUUUAGCCGUGGUACCCACCAAAAAGUGUAACCUGCAGCUGCUGGGAGCAGUGUGCAUGUUUCUUGCAUCCAAAUUGAAAGAGACUCGUCCAUUAACCGCAGAGAAGCUUUGCAUCUACACAGAUAACUCCAUCAGACCACAAGAGCUGCUGGAAUGGGAACUGGUGGUGUUGGGGAAAUUGAAGUGGAACUUGGCAGCAGUAACGCCGAACGACUUCAUCGAGCACAUUGUGAGGAGGCUGCCGCUGCCUGAGGAAAAGUUGGCACUUAUACGCAAACAUGUCCAGACCUUCAUUGCCCUUUGUGCCACAGAUUUCAGAUUCGCCAUGUACCCUCCCUCCAUGAUUGCCACAGGAAGUGUGGGGGCAGCGAUCUGCGGCCUACAGCUGGAUUCAGCUGACCAGUCACAGUGGGGCGACAGUCUGACAGACCUGCUGGCCAAAAUCACAAAUACAGAAGUGGAUGUUCUUAAAGAAUGCCAGGAGCAGAUUGAGCGCGUGUUGGAGAGCAGCCUGCGCGAAGGGCGGCAGCAGCAACAGCAACAGCAGCAGACUCAUAGAGGCCCCAGCGGGAAAGGCCUGGACGAGCUGGAUCAGUCCUCCACCCCAACAGACGUCCGUGAUGUCAACUUGUGAACCACCAGAGGGCAUCAUUGCACAGGAUUUACAAAUAUUAAAAAAAAAAAAAAAGCAUCAUGAAAAAAACCUCAAUUUUCUUAAAAGCAGAAAAAAAGAACAAAAGAACAAAAAAUGUUAAAAACACAAGCCCUUUAAAAGAUUAAGAACAAUGCUUGCUAGUUUUUUUGUAGAUUUUCUGUUCUUCAAGUCAAAAACACCUGCCCACGAAAUAGAUUUUCUAUGAUGUUCUAGUCUAAAAGCAAGAAAUUUGACAUAAUGAAGCUCUGUGGUGCCUUGGAUAUACAGAAGGGAAGCCAAUCAUAUUUGCAUUCUGCCUCUGAUUGUAUAGUAUGAUCUGUAAGUUAUAUUUUAACCAUAGCUUAAUAAUGAGGCUGUUAUGCUAGAAAUUGUGGAAACCAUUCAAAAAGUUGCAUACAUGGGAUCACAGUGGCGCUUCAUUGUUUUUUUUCCCCCUCUGUUUUGUGUUAUAUGAAUAUUAUCACUAUUACAUUCGUAGCUGGUGUAAGAGAGGACACAUAUUCGACCAUCACAGGUCCAUGUGUGUGUCGAGACAGACAGAGGAAGCCGUGAGAACAUUAUGCUAAAAGUUGGUGGGUCCCAAUUCCAGGGGAGAGACAGAAUGAUAAUAAUUAUUAGUAGUAUUAGUAAUUAUUAUUAUUAAUAUUAUUAUUGGACAUAUUUUGGAACUGAGUAGUAGAGAUCAAUAAGCUCCUUUUGUCAGGCUGCUUGUGUGUGUCAGUUUGAGGGUGCAAGUGUGCAAACGUGUAAGUAUACCAGUUUGCAUGCAUGCCUGUGUGUGUGUGUGUGUGUGUGUGUGUGUGUGUGUGUGUUGUGUGAAUGCUACAUGUGACCCUGUAUCUAUAUUCGCAGUGUGCAUUCUAUGGCGUGAGGCACUUGAGCAAAGUCGUAGACUUACGCUCUAUGUUAAAAGACUAUGGAGCAAGCCGGGGCUACACACACUUUGUCCAUCAGUAUAACAGGGCAUCUAUGCUAUAUCACUGCCUCCAUGCAUUAAUAAUGCAUCAUGGUUCAUUGUUGGCCAACAAUAAACCCAUGUGCAUGGACUAUGAGUGAGACAGAAACAGAUUUAGCGAAGGAGGAUUCGGGCGAAGGGACUUUCCCUUUAGAGCCCCUUUUAUUUCUAAGAGCAUUUUUCCUGAGGUGUUUCACCUCAGACUCAGAGGUCAUGUGAGGUGUUUGUUUAUUACUGCCAUUUGGUUAAUGAAAUAUUACAGAUGCUUCGUUCUUUUUCACAUUGUUACAAUAUGGUGUUUCCUUAGUUGUGAAAGGCUGCUUCGAGUCUGGACAGAGUAGUAAUGACCUCUCACGUGUGCAGGCAUGUAUGGCACAUGUGAAAACAGGAGAGGACAAUGUCUUGAGGAAAGUAAGGCUAUGCUUUUUAAAGUCUAGAGGAUGUUAGUCACCUCUGUGUUAAUUAGCAGGGAGGAAACAGGGUGGGGCGUGGAAAGAAUAAGAGAGACAGGGACAGUUUGCAACUAAGAUGUCACUGUGGAACUGUGGAAGGCAUGUGAGUGCACAGCACAGGUUGGUAGGACAGAGAGCAUUUUAGUGGUGCAGGAGCAUGCUGCUGUGUAGGAGACAAGGAGGAUUUACAGCCAAUGGCUAGAAGAUGAUAACAAACAAAAGACGCCCAAAGGCCUCAUGAUAAAAGUUUGAUAUCUGCAUAUUUGGAUGGAAUUAACAUGAAUUUGUCAUAAUGGAUGUCUACGAUGACACAGCUAAGUGAACAAAAGAAAAAAAAAAAACUUUCUGGGUUUCCAUUUACAUGGAAAUUAAAUGAGGAACUAAAACCGUAUGGUGCCAGAUCAUGUGAGCAUGAACUUUCUUGGGGGGUGGGGUUAGAGGAGUACAGGAUGAUGAUAUACUGUCAAUGCAUCUGGAGUCCCACAUAGGGUUGUUUUCAGCUCCCCUAUAUGAUUUCAAUGGCAAAGCACUUUGAGAACAUGCUCCCCAGGAGAUGAGUCAAAUGAAAUGCGUUGGGUGGUGAUUGGAGGUGAAUGGAUGUUUCCUUUUUUUCCUUGUUAGCCUUUUCUUUGGUUUACUUUUUUAGGGCUGGUUUCCCAAUCAUCAGACAUACCCUUGUCAAGCAAGAGUCAAAUUAAAGGGUUUUCCACAACUUUUGAUGAGAGGACAUUCCGAUCAAAAAACAAAAAACAAAAAAACAAAUAAUAAUAAUUAAAAAAACAAAAACAUUCCUAUUCAAACAAAGUGCAAGUUGAUGGGGAGUUCAGAGAAUUUGUACAAAUAGAAAAUGCCAUUAUGAAUUGAAAAAUGUCUACACAGAGUUCACUGAUCCUUGGGUUCUGUUUGAUUUUCUUUUAUAUUGUCAAGAAAUGAAAUAUUUGUUUUUACUUGAAUUUUUCUUCAUAUUUAUCUGCAUCACAGCCACAGAUAGUCACACAGGGCAGCAAUGAGCUACAAGAAAAGGUGGUUGUAACAUCCAAUAUUUGCACAUGUUCUUCGGAGGGCAAUGAGGUUUGCAUUUUUAAGACAGAGCAGAGCUUUUAUUUCGAACCACCUUAACCAAUGUGUGUUGCAGUGGUUGGUCAGUUUUUCAUGGUGCUGGCUUGUGUAGUUCAGGCCGAUUGUCUGUCAGUGAACACAUCUGUCCCCUGUGAGCUUUGCUGCUUCAAAUCAUUGGCAAGGGGGUUCAUCAACCAGACAGACAUCAGCACAGAACAAGAGACAGAUGAUUUUUGUUUUGUUUCCUUUUGUUUUUUUAACGGGACACAUGGCUUUGCCACAGUAAGGUGUCUUUGACUUAAUGCUUGAGUUUUGUUUGUUUUUUCUUCAUGAUGGUAUGUGACUUUGCUGCGUGUAUGUUUGUCAGACUGAAGAAAAAUGUUGGGAUCUAAUGGUUUUUUUUCAGUAAAACUGGGCAAUUUAAUGACACAUUUGCCAAAACAUCCCCGUCUGAAUAUUUGAUAUGACCCCUUCAUUUUGCCUCGGCCUGAUGUAAGCUCUCUCCCAAACUUAAUGGUUGUGAUUUUCUUUUCCUGCAAUUUAUUGUUGCAUGUGUUAUAUAUAUUGAGACCACAUUUUCAAUUUGUGUUUGGUAUAUUUUAUGGGGUGACCAGACCCGCAAAAGGGUUUUUCUAAGAUUUAGAGAUACUGUAUUCCAAAGUGAAGAGAGGACAGAGGAGGAGGUGUGAAGACAUCAAGAAAAAAGUGUCAAUAUUUUUAUUGAGUUAUUGUUGUCUUUUUGCGCUGCUAAAAGCUAUGAAUUUGUUUCAUUUAUACAAAAAAAUAACAUUACAUAGUUGUGAUGUGUCACUUGAGUGUGCUGCUAUUUUAUAAACAUUUGUAUUAUAAUAUAAUUAUUUUACUGCUUAAGAGAUACAUUCAGAAAAACGAAGUAGAUGGUGAUAGAAGAACAUGAAAUGAGUAUUCGACUGGAAAUGUUCUUUGUACAGUUUGACAGUUUGCUUAGAUAGCAUGUCUCCUUUCCCCCUUUUUUUUUAAAUCUAUUUUGCUCUCCUUCUUCAGUCACAUUCUGCAACAGUGGUAUUUCCUAUACCUCAGGAUUACUGGACAAAAUAAAACAUAAACAAAUCCAUCACCUAUACCUCUGCAGUUAGGGAGCCUGGAACGGAGGAGAAAGAUUACAGUGGGGGUGGGAGGGGAACAAAAGCAACGACAAAUUUGCAUUUUUGUGGACUAUUCCCGCUGUUUUAGUGGGGAAACAACUUGCUCAGUGAGAGGGGAAACAGGAAAUAUGCAAGGCUUCCACUUGGACUUAUCCUAUAUUGGAGGGGGGAGGGCAACAACAUUGCAACGUGUUUUUGGGGGGUGUUCAUUCCGUAGAUAGUUCAAGCAUAUUCAUUUCUGUUCAUGUUGGUGCUACAUCUGACUUGUGUGCAAGAGAGGGGAAAAACAGCAUUCCUAUGAUGGCCAAAGUACAGUUCUUGCUUUAUACAACCACAAUCACUCUGAAUGUCAGUAAAUAUGGAUUUUGUAUGUGAGAAAGAUACGUUUUUGGUCUGAAAUAUUGUGUCUGUGCACCAUUGUAACUGCCACAUAAUAAUGGGUAGAGCUACACCUGUCACGUCCAACCAUAAAUAUUCUGAUAUCUGGAAGUUUCAAUGGUGCAGAUUUCCCUUUGAGUUGCCCCCUCCUCCACUAUAACUCAUAUCAUGUACCUCAAAUGUCUGUUGCACAACCUCUGUUCAAUAAACUUCUGCUUUAAAGGGUGUGACACCACAUCAGCUCACUA